CAUUGAUUUCAGCAUUUUUAAUCAUGUUGGGAGUAAUUGCUGCUAUGGUGGUUCUUUGGCGACUUGGACGUUUAACUGUUGUGAGAGAAGACAUUCAACGCAGGGUGACGGUAGUCAGAAAGAACAUCGCAAAUCGAUUAACAGCACAUAAUCCUGGCUAUGAUUGUGAUGAUAUAUACAUAUAUGGCCAAAUGGAUUUCAAUAAAACGGACAAUUGGAUAGUACCGAGUGCUGACAUUGUGCUGGAUGCCAUGUUAACGAGCGGAAGAUUUGCGGACAUUUAUAAGGCCAGAUACCAACCACAAAAUAAUAUGAGCAAACAAAUAGUCGUAGCAAAGACUUUGAAAAGUGGAUACAGUGAAGAAAACAUGCUGAUGAUGAAAGCAAAAAUAAACUUUUUUGGGAAAGAAGUUGGAGAACACCCAAACAUCGUCCAUUUCAUUGGCGCUGUCGUCGAUAAUGAAGCAUUUGGGCCGUUCAUGGUUCUAGAAUACUGUGAAAAAGGGCAACUUCGAGAUUGGUUGCUACAAAAGAAAAAUACAUGGGCAGAAGACACAGAGGAACAGUUACAUCGAAUUGUCUACGGAAUUUCUAAGGGAAUGUCAUUCCUCGAGUCAAAAAAGGCUCUCCCAUGAUUGGUGGCCUUUUCAUGCAGGGGUUUUAAAUACAUGUAUAUUGUAUGAAAUAUUUAAAAUUGUUUGACCAGAAAAUCAGCACAAUGAUUAUUUUUUACACAUUUCAGCUUGUGCACAAAAGACUUGCUGUACGAAAUAUUUUGUUGACUGAAGAUCUGGAGCCCAAGAUCUAUGGAUUCGGACCUGAACCACCGCAGCAAAAAGGCAACGAGGAGGAAAAAGAUGCAACAUCAGACGAAAAGG